GAGCUUCUUGGGAUUACUUUGAUACAAAUGAUGGAGUUGAGAGCUUCAGGUUUUUGGGGACUGGUGGGAUGGAUGUGAACUUUGAGGAUGAAAGAAUGUGGAAGCAAUUCAAGGGAGAAUUGGCAGAUGCCAAAUUUGAGCUCCCGGAAGGAAGUGAAAAACCAGAAGCAGAGCUAAAGGCUUUUGAUAAUGGUGGCCAUUUGAGUUCCUCUGGGGUCAUUGAAGAGAGAAGUUUGGAGGCAGUGAGACGGGAAGACAACAAUCAAAUGAUGAGUUCGUCGAGCAAAGUUAUGCUCGAACAAUCCGGUUCGAGGGGGGUGGUUAAGUUGGAGAAAAAUUUAUGUACUGAACAGGAAGAUCCUUCAGAGUUUAUUACUCAUAGAGCAAAAGAUUUUAUUUCCAGCAUAAAGGAAAUUGAGCAUCGUUUCCAGAGAGCUUCAGAAUCUGGGAGGGAGAUCUCAAGAAUGCUUGAGGCCAAUAAAAUCAGAGUUGGAUAUCUCGAAGCAAAUGGAAGUAUAUCUGAUCUUGCUUUUUUGGACCCUUUACGUCGUUUACGACUCGUUUGCUGUACUGGAAAGCCUGCCCUCUUUUCUCAUGAACCUCAUCAAACGAAAGUGAUUACUUGGAAACGGUCAACAUCGUCGCGGUCAUCUUCGUCGAGAAAUCCUCUCACUACCAAAGAUGAUGUUGAUGACAGUGGAAGUGAUUUUGUAGAAGAGUUCUGUAUGAUCUCUGGAAGUCAUUCCUCUACAUUGGACCGGCUUUAUGCUUGGGAGAGAAAACUAUACGACGAAGUCAAGGCAAGUGAAUCAAUUCGGAAGGAGUACGAUCGGAAGUGCGAUCAACUAAGAUACCUAUUUGCGAAGGAUUACAGUACACAAGUCAUUGACAAGACGAGGUCUGUUGUCAAGGAUCUACACUCCCGCAUACGAGUUGCGAUCUAUUCUGUUGAUUCGAUAUCAAAACGCAUCGAAAAAAUGAGGGAUGAAGAGAUGCAGCCACAACUUAUCGAACUUAUUCAGGGGUUGAUCAAGAUGUGGAAGGCGAUGCUCGAAUGCCAUCAUGCACAGUACAUCACGAUAUCACUGGCAUAUCACUCAAAGAGCAUUGCUGCUGGUACACCCCGAGCAGAUGCACAGAGGCAGAUAACAGUCCAACUUCAGCAAGAGAUUGAAUGUUUUGGCUUAAGCUUUGCAAACUGGAUCAACAGCCUUGCAUCAUAUGUUGGUGCCUUAAAUGGUUGGCUACAACACUGUAUUCAACUGCCACGGGAACGCUCAAAGAGCAGAAGGCCUUUCUCCCCUCGUCGUGUCGUGGCCCCGCCUAUAUUCACCCUAUGUCGUGAUUGGUUUACUGGAAUCAAUGAUCUUCCAUCUAAUGAACUUAGCAACGCCAUUAAAGCCUUCUUGGGAGAAUUGCAGAGUUCAAUGUCCCAACAAGCAGAACUACAGAGGAAACAGAAGAUUGUUGAAGUAGACACUGGGGAAGAACCCGAGGGGAAAGAUGACGAGAACAACGAUACCAUUUCUUCAAACUUAAGUUGCAUUCAUUCGAGCUUAACGAAGGUUCUUGAUCGACUCAAGAAAUUUUCCGAGGCUUCGCUCAAAAUGUACGAAGAUGUUAGACAGAAGAGUGAGAAUGCUCGUACAACAUAUAUGAACUAUAAGCCUGUUAGAUAUUAGUUAUGUAAUUAACGGGGAGAGUACAAAUAUUUCUCAAGGCUGAGAUUGAUAUUUGUACAGUUUUGAAAGCAGAGUUUCUGUGAUUUCAUGGUGAUGCUUAUUUCAGUUACCAUUCUGCUUCCAGAA